GAAUGCUUGUCAUAUGACUCAAUAUGCGCCCAAUUCAGAAUCAAAUGUCUUCGAACGAUCUCUGGUAUUGAUCAAACCAGACGCAGUGCAGCGAAAACUAGUUGGAAAAAUUAUCGAACGUUUUGAGAACAAAGGCCUCAAAUUGGUUGCGAUGAAGUUAUUUUUGGCAACUAGAGAAAUGGCAGAGGAACAUUAUAUUGAACACCAAGACAGAGCAUUCUUUGAAAAAUUAAUGGACUACAUGACAUCGCAUCCACUGAUUCCAAUGGUUUGGGAAGGUCCAAAUUCUAUCAAAAUCAUCCGAAACAUGUUGGGCGUGCACGAUCCAACUUUAGCAUUGGCUGGCACUAUUCGCGGUGAUUUUAGUGUCAACCUUCAGAACAAUGUUAUCCAUGGGUCGGACUCAAUUGAUGCUGCCAAAAGGGAAAUCAACAUAUGGUUCCAACCAAAUGAAAUACCAUACUAAACACAAAUACCGACCCAACUUCAUUCAAAUACACCGUUUUUUAUUUAAAUUUAAUGCCUAAACAGUUUUAUAAACGAUUUUGUAUGGAUUGUACUAAAUGGCUUUGAUUUGUAACGUGCAUUCGAACUCAAAUCGGCGAUUUCUACAGUGAAUGGAAUUUUAACAAAUAGAAAAAAAAGUACGGCGUUUAAAUGGAACGCUUCUUUUUGAAUCAGUUUAAGUUAAACUAAUAUUCUGAUUUUCAAUCGAAAAUUGCAUUUUAAUCAUAUGAAAUAUCAAUCUAUAUAUAUAAAAAAAAGCUGUAUGUAGGGGAGAGGGGGGCUAUUCGGAUCACUUUUUGGAAAUCACCCAUAUCGUCUUGAAAAUGACCACGAGUUGCCACAUUUUAUAUAUCGUUGGGAAGCUAUUCUCAUAAGCUAUCUUUUACAUAGAUAAACUUUUUGUGUUGGGUGUCCUGGUAGUGAGAUAUGGGCCUACGUUUGGACUUACUGACA